AUGCCCAUCCCCACUCCGUCAUCACCACUGUCCCUGCCGUCCUUGUUCCCAGAUUACACAAGGGAGCAGAUUGACGCUGCUAGGACAUCCCUCUGGAAUCCAACGUUUCGAGCUCUCACCAUCCCUUCAGUCAUCCUAAAUUUGGCAUCUCUGGGAGAGAAGGACUCAUUCCUGCAGUGGCUUGCCUCCGACUCUAUCUUUCUUCCUGAAAAUAGCGAGCCUUCCCGGCGUAUAACACCUGCGUCGACUUCAAGCUCAGAUGAUGGUGAUGAUGAAGAGGCACCGGUGUAUAGACUUCCCCUGCUCACCAAGGCGAUCUGGGAUGUGCUGAGGAAGUACGGAGGUGACGUGUUCCCGAAACUGAACUGGACUGCGCCUAGGGACGCAGCAUUCAUCCUCCCACAAACUUCGAGCGGACCGUUAUGCUGCACAUCCCCUGCGGACGUAUACCUCUUGCUCAAAUCGAGCGAUUUGAUAUCUCAUGAUCUGGAUCCUGAAGCUGCUUACCAUCCAUCACCUCCUCCCGACGAUGGUGUGAAGAUCGAACUCGUCCUUCGGAAGUACACCUCGAUAAAUCCUUCGACAGAGUUUAGAUGUUUCGUGAGAAGGAAUAUGUUUCUGGGUGUGAGUCAAAGGGAUGGCAAUCGGUAUGAACAUUGGCAAGAUAUCAGAGCGAGGCAGCGGUUGGUGGAGACUAUUCGAAGUUUUUGGGAGGAUGAGAUACGGGGUGUUUAUGAAGGUGGAGAAGAUUACAUCUUUGAUAUCGACCUACCCUCUCCUUCCUCUCCCAGAAUCAUCGAUUUCAACAUUUAUCGACCAAGCACGGACCCACUCCUGUUCACCUAUCCAGAGCUCCAUGCCAUUCUCAUCCGCUCGCUUCAGCCUCCGGAGGAGGAUGACAUCCGGGAACGGUUACCAAUCUUGCGAGUCGUCGAACAAGAGCGUUCCGGAGCGGGAUACGAGUUCGCAGGGAAUAUGAUGCCUCUUGAAAUGGUACAGAUGAGUCAGGGUCGGACUUUGGUUGAUUUCACCAGGAUUUGGGAGGGGGCAAUGGGCGAGGCAAUGGGGGAUAGCGAAGAUGAGUGA